AUAGUGCAAUUCCUGGGGCGGAUUGGUGACUAGGUGAGAUUGAGCAAUGCCGAGGUCCCGUGAGCUCGGGCUCUAAGAUGAACCCCAUGAGGAUUAUGCGGAACGCUUCCAGAUAUAAGUUAACGUCAAUGCCAGGCGGAAAGUAUGGUGGCAGUGACCUUACUAAGGCAUGACUGCUUCGAAAACACUCGCGAAUGCAUUGGUGCCAGACCUUCCUGCACGUAAGACAUUUUAAGAGGUAACAGCACUUCUUAAGCAGGGAACAUUCUUUACCGUCGAGGUGUCUCAUGGGCUGGAAGCACGAAGUUCCACCGAAGACAGGGAGCUUGCUUGCUUCAGUGUGAAGCGCUUCAACGUCAGACCGCCCGGGUUACAGAGGAUGUGCACCGUUGAAGUCGCCAAGUCUUUGGACAUAGCGGACCCAGAGGGCUCGACCUUACGCAAAGGACAAGACGCGAGCAGACAAAAUAUACUGGGGACGGCUCUAUCCACCCACCCCACAUAGCGCAAAGAUUAUUCGGCGUUUGGGAAGCCUCGACGUCAUCACUCCCACGCAGAGUUUCUCACAAAACCGCUUACACAGAAAGUGAUUUUCACGGCCGUAGCAGGAUUGGGUGCCUGUAUGCCGACAAAGGAAGACUGAAGAGAUGUUUCAAAAUUAUAUGGAUAGACACAGCCACAGGACAGACACUUCAGGUUUCAGCAACACGACUUCCCCUGGCGAGGCAUACAAACCCCAGCAAAGAAGCUAAAGGACGUCUACGACAAAGCUGAGAUAUAGUCCUUAUGAAAUGAUUUCGAGAAGCACCUUGCACAGGCACUAGAAUGAGAAGAAACUGCCUCGAUAUUCUUUUCAAACCAUGGAGGUUGUCCUUCUGGGCUGCCUUCUUAAUAGCACAUUGCAGGGGGCAGAUAAAUGCUCCUCCAGAAUUUCUAGUCGGCGGAGAUAUGGAGAAAUUCUCCAUACGCGAAGAUACUCCAGUAGGCACAUCUGUAUAUACUCUACAAGGUCGGGAUCCUGACAACACCAGAGUGUUUUAUUACAUCAGUGGCGGAACGUUCAGCGUCGACAAAGACACCGGCGUAGUGAGAUUAUCGAGGGUUCUUGACAGGGAGGAAGAGAACACAAUUGAUGUCAUCAUAAGUAUCACGGAUGAGAAGAUCAACGGGCGCAAACCCAAUACAGUUUCACUCCAGAGAGAGAUCAACGUUCUUGAUUAUAAUGACAACGCACCAGUUUUUGAGAACGGUCCUUAUUCAUUUUACGUUGAUGAGGACACAGUGGUUGGAACCACCAUCUAUCGUGGUAUUAUCGUGACGGAUGCUGACUUGGGAAUGAAUGCUGACGUGCAGGUCUCGUGCCAGAAACAGGUGACUCCUAAAGCUUGCACGCUGUUUGAACUCAAACAAGUGAAGCUCGGACUCGGAAGAUAUCAACAAGAGGUGGUACUUAAACAACCUUUGGAUUAUGAGCAAGAAACAACGUAUGUCAUGUCUCUGGAGGCACAUGACCUGGCGACGGAGAACAGGAUGAAUUCAAGCGCCGACGUAAUCAUCAAAGUAAGAGAUGUACAAGACAAGCCUCCGACUUUUUCAUCCGUGUUCUACUCGGCGACGGUUGCCGAAAACAGCCCAGAGGGCACUCCCGUCCUGUUGGUGUCUGCCUACGAUGCGGAUGCAGGCUAUAGACUGCCACUCCUGUUCCAAAUUCUUAAUGAUACUAAAGGGUAUUUCAAACUUGGUCCCGUCGAAAUGGAUGAGAAUGGCGUUCACACAGUAUCACUGCAAACUUCGAACAUUACGAUUGACAGGGAGGAUAUUGUCAUUGAAGGCAGUGGUGGAUUAUACAACCUACAGUUAAAAGCUACUGAGGUCGUGAACGGAGCUCCCACUGGAGAAGUAGCUUACUCAGAUGUCAAUGUGAUUAUCUUGGAUGUGGACGAUCAGCGACCGGAGUUCAAUGCUAAUAACUUCGACGUCACUGUUCCGGAAGAUCUGGCACAGAACACAGCGAUGCCUGGCUUGAAUAUGACUGUGAACGACAAUGACGUGGGCGAAAAUGCUCGCUUUACUUUGGCCCUGAGAGAUGUGUACAAUUCUGACGGUGUCUUCAGCGUGCAUCCUGCAUCGGCAGUGGGCAGAACCCCGAUUUUGAUCAAGGUCGCAGAUGCGAGCCGCCUGGAUUACGAGGACGAGGAAAAACGCACGUUCAUCUUCCAGGUUGUCGCGUCUCAAAAUGGAUCUGAAGUAAGCAGCGCCACCGUUACUGUGACGCUGUCCGACGCCAACGACAAUGCUCCCGUCUUCGAGAACGACCGAUACCUGAUUCAGAUUCCCGAAAGCGCUCGAAGCGGAACACGAGUAUUCUCCAUAACGGCGUAUGAUGCCGACAGCGGUCCCAAUGGAAAGCUCACCUACGCUAUGAAAGGCUACGGGUCAGAGAAGUUCAGCGUCGACAAAGAUACAGGCUUUGUAAGCAUUGGGGUCUGCAAGGACACGUGUCUGGACUAUGAGAGUGUUUCAAGCUAUUCGUUCACGUACGAAGCUCAAGACGGCGGCGGCAAGGUGUCCUCUGUAAACCUCUUUGUCGAAGUCGUCGAUGUAAAUGAUAAUCCGCCAAGAUUUGCGAAAGAUAGUUACCUGAUUGAUCUUGUCGAAGAUGCAAAUGAGCUUCCAUCCCCCGUGUUUCUCAAGGCAACGGACGCCGACGGACCAACACAAGGAAACGGAAAAGUACGCUAUAGGAUAAAGGCGACGAAUUUUUCCGAUUCGGAUACCUUCAGCAUUGACUCCGAGUCCGGAGAACUACGCCUGCUCCGAGGUUUGAACGUGACAGCGGCACCGUACGGUGCGACGAAGUUCGAAGUCAUCGUUCAGGCUAUCGACUACGGCGUGCCACCCUUAACAACUGACGUUCCCGUCAUAAUAAGACUGAAGCGGAAAAACGAAGGCGCUCCGUACUUCCUCAACGCGCCGUACAAAUCAACGGUGAAAGAAAAUGCGAAAGCAGGUACAAGCGUUCUGAAGCUGGUUGCCACCGACCCAGACGGGCCGAACAACAACAUCACGUAUUACUUAGACUCUGGAGCGCGAGACAACUUUGUUGUAAACAAAUUGACCGGCAUACUUAGCACGUCACAAGGCGCUAAUCUGGACCGCGAGCUCUACGGGGACUCGUACCUCAUCACGGUGUUUGCUGUUGAUGGGGGAGACCCUCCACAGAAAGCGUUUACCACAGUUAGGGUGAUGGUGCAAGACGUCAACAACAAACCGCCGGUGUUUUCUAAGGAUUCGUACGUGCACUGGAUUACAGAGAGCCUUCCUGUUGGACGCGAGGUGCUCAAUGUCACGGCGAAAGAUCCAGAUAAUGGUGCCAAGAUACGAUACUCCAUAGAGGAACCAGUUAUGGCUCGAGAUAAAACUGGAUCGCUGGUGUCACCAUGGAAUGGAUAUAAUUACAAGAAUGCAUUCCGCAUUGACGGUGUGACAGGACAAAUCAGCGUUAACAGCCCGCUAGAUUACAAUGCAGCUUCUGUGAUAACUUUCAACGUCGCUGCCGUGGAUCAGAACGGAUCCUUGGGACCACAAAAGUCUAUUGCGGAAGUCACGAUCUACAUCCAAGCUCACAGUGAAAGCAAUCCAAUAUUCGCUCCUCCCUGGACGCCUGCCACUCCCAAAAUCGUGAUCACAGUUCCAGAAGAAUCCGUGGUUGGUUCAACAGUGUUCGCUGUAUCGGCCAGAGACCCCGUAACCCAUGCCCCUGUCACAAAUUUUGCGAAAAUUCCGGAGUCAGACGCAGGUGGCUUUUUUUCUGUGAGCCCUAUCUCAGGUGCUGUGACUCUCAACCGCCGACUCGACUAUGAAGACUUGGCAGAAAAGGUUUUAACCUUCGACGUUAAAGCCAUUAUUGGACAUGAACGAGGAAAGCAGAGGUCUUCGAUAGCCACAGUCAUUGUGCACGUCCAAGACAUAAACGACAACAGCCCUGUGUUUUCACAAAACUCCUACACCACGACCAUAUCUGAAAGCACAAAAUACCCCCAGACCAUACUCAGCAUUCAUGCCACGGAUAGGGAUAGCCAACAGGAAUACGGGUCAAUACGGUACUCGAUAUCUGGCGAUGGCGUUGAUGUGUUCACCAUCAAUGAGACAACGGGUAUAAUUGGUCUACGUGAAGGAGUGAAUCUGGAUAGGGAGAAGCAAUCCGCAUACAACUUGCAAGUGACGGCUACCGAUAACCAGGGAGCCCCGUCUAACCAACGUAGGACAUCGAUACUGGCCGUCAUCAACCUACAAGACGAAAACGACAACGCUCCCAAGUUCAGCCAAUCAACGUACACUGCCGUAGUGCCGGAGAACGUCCCCACCGGCUUCAGCGUUCUCACCGUGAAGGCUACGGACAAGGACGAGGGAGCCAACGGAGAAGUCACGUAUUCAUUUGUGGAUGAGCCAGAUAUGAUUUCUAUAAAGUUGUUUACGAUCGACGGCAAGAAUGGAGUAAUCAGCGUCAUCCAGCCCCUGUCUGGUCGUGGCCGUUCGGAGCCAUAUUCGCUAACCGUGCGUGCUGUAGACAACGGUUCUCCUCAGCUUCAAACGGACGUUAAGAUACUUGUCAUAAUCGGGGAUGUUUCUUCGAAUGAUGGCAUUCCUCACUUCAUUCGGCCCCGGCAGGGUGAAAUUGCCUACGUUUCCGAGAACGCAACCAUUGGUACCUCAGUAUUCCAUGUCCAAGCUGUUGACCCAGAUAGCGCACUGUCAUCCAACGCGCAAGUGGCGUACAAGUUUCUAGAUAAGCACAGUGUUGUCGGAGAGGAGCUAGAAUUUGAGAUUGACCCUGCUUCCGGCCUCAUCAGCACAACCGCUAUUCUCGAUAGAGAGAAACGUGACAACUACACUUUGGUGAUUGUUGCCUAUGACAUGGGUGUGCCUCCCCAGGAAGCACACCAGGUGCUACGCGUCGUCGUGCGAGACGUGGAUGAUAAUGAUCCCGAGUUCCAGAGGGCUAAGAACGCAGACCCCGUUGUGAUUAACAUAAAAGAAGAGAUACCAGUCGGUACCGUAGUUGGGAAGGUAAAGGCACAUGACAAGGACAUGGGCACAAAUGCAUUUAUAGACUACUUCAUUGUAGGUGGAAACGCAGAGAACGUCUUUGCUAUCCAACGUACUGGAAACAACGAAGGAGAAAUUUUCACUAAAAAGCGCGUUGAUCGAGAACAAACUGAUCGCUUUUUAUUGACGAUAAAAGCUGCACCACCGUCCAGACCUACAGAUGAAUCAUUUUUCGAAUACAAUCCAGACGAUAGGUCUCUACUUCAGGUUGAAGUCAAUGUGGAAGACAUAGACGAUAACUCUCCGUCCUUUGAAAGAUCAAACUACGUCAUAGGCAUAAGAAUGAACACAGAAGUUAACAACGAUCUGCUAACCCUAAAGGCCACAGACCGUGACAGCUCAUCGAGCAUGAUUAUGUACUCUAUUCGAAAUGUCACGUGGUAUAGGCCUUCGUCCAAAGACUCGACCCCAGUGAUGGGACUGUUCGAACUAGAUGCACAUAGAGGGGUAUUAAGAAACCUGAAGAACUUCGGCAAAUAUAGAGAUGGUUAUUUCGAUAUAGUCGUUGAAUGUCAGAGCGCUCCAGGACCGCAGAACAUUGCUGUUACUCACAUCAAGGCUCACGUUCUGCACGAAUCAGAUUUGCUGAAGUUCGUCUUCUACAAGGAACCUCAAGAAGUCAGGAAGGCUAUUCCGCAGUUUGAAAAAGAUCUCAACGCGGCGCUGACGAGCAGCAUCAGCGCAAACAUUUAUGACACGCAAUACUCAACACGGGAAGAUGGCAGCCUCGACUUUGAAAGUUCUAGUUCGUGUUUCCAGCUGCUGCAAGACGAUCUCGUUGUGAGUCCCGAUAAAGUGGCAGAUAUGUUGGACAGUUCAGCAUCUCCGCAGAUAGAAGCGCUUUACAAGACCUAUAGCAUCGUUGGAAUAGAGAGAUGCAGACCUGCAAGGAGCACGUACAAGAUGAAGUGGACGCAAAUAUGUGUCCUCAUCGUGGCGUGCCUUAUUGCAUUAAUAGGAUUCGCCCUGAUAAUUGUGAUGUGCGCCAUACGAGCAAGCCUAACCUCAAGACUCCGAGAAAGAAUGCACUAUCGCAGCAUGCGUGGUCUAGCGGAACAAACGCCUGCUGUCUCAAUGAUAUCCCUUCCAAACAACCAGCGCAUCUACGAGUGGCAAGAGACCAACAACGCCCCGGCGAUGGAUGCAAUGUCGUAUCGAAGCUACCCUACCAUGAGGUAGCGGACAGCCAGCUCUGGCACUCUGGCUAGCUCUGGCUACAUAGCGCACAACGCUAGCACAACAACGCAUGGAAUAUUCUUCUCGCUAAGAUGCCAUAUGUUGAUUCUCGUUGAAGAAACGAGCGCCGUGCGGUUGCUUGUGCGUGUGUGGUCUUAGUCGUUACCUACCUGCUGAGCAGGGUUCCACCUUCAAAUGUUCUCCUAUACAAGCUCUGAAACAGUUACUGUGGGUGCACUACUACCGGCUAGGCUUCGAUAGCAAUGAAGUACAAUUCACGUGAGACAAGUCAACGACGCCAUUUGGAACUUGAUCACCUUGUGACUUCUGAAGCCUUUCCCUCACCAGGUGUUGAGAAGCCCGCCUGGGAUUCAAGUUGGAUCAAAGAAAGACUUGGUGUGCUACCGUCCUUGUGUGGCUUGUUUGAUUGUACGAACUGUAUAGUGAACUAAUCAACUGACAUUCCAAUUUCGAGGCUCGUCUAACAGUAGUACAGGUGUGGCGAUCCUGGUCUACGAGUAGGUGACCGCCACAGUGUAAAUUUACUUACGCAGAACCGUGCAUGUUUGUUGAGAAUGUAUAGCUUAUGAAUGGAUAUCUGCGAGUUAUAUUUUUACAAUUAAUUACCAAACAUAGUUGCCAAAUGAGCCUUUUGCUUGUGAGAAUCCAGCUCGUAAAUUGCGACAGGCCACCUAUAGUAUAUAUUCUAGGAAGGGACAAGUUGUACCGCACUGUAGAAACCUUCGGGGAAAACGCUCGGCAUUUGAAUAUGCGCAUGCUUUCAUUUCUGAGGCAUGUUUUCAAUGUCUCAUGGUAUAAGAACCGUACGUAUAUCCCACCAGGAAGUUAACUAUUUCGCAUCUUUCAUUAGAGAUAAUUAUGUACACACAUGAACGCUAUUUGUCUCGGCAUCACGGCACAUCAUGUGCGUUACUGUUUUUUUGUCUGUGUGUUGUUUCUUUUUCUCUCUCUCUAGGGGUGUGUGGUCACAACGCACGCUCAGGAAGUAUUUGACGCUCAAAUGAGGGUAGGAUAUGCUAAUUUCGAAGCAUGAAAACACAAUGAAAGUUAAGGGUAUAAGGGCUGACCGCCCAGAGUGUGAGCACAAAAAACAAAUUGAAUAAUGCAUCAAGCUGUGCAGUAGUACCUUAGUACCUUUACAGGGACAGUCUCAUAAGAUGCUCAUGAUCUUUGCCACACUUCGAACUGAAAUGUCGUUGUCGGAGCUUUUCUUAUGAUAAGUGUCAGGUACGGACAGAACCUAGAAUCAGUGUUGCAGCAGCGAGUGGAUAUGCUUACCUGGUAAGUACCGCUGAACAAAAUGUGUGUCUUUAAGUUGCCGUCGCAGCUGCAAGAGCGACAAAGAAACAGGAGGCGGUCGAAUCUAGACUUCUUAUCUUAGUUCCACGAAAUGGAAAGAAAAUGCACUCCCGAAUCUCCGUCAAGCAGUCUGUCACUCAUCGGAAUUUUAUCAAAGAACUAAAUUCUCUGAUGACAUUGGGGUGCAAAGUGCACUUCGUGCAUCUACUUAGGUAUGGCGAGUUCAACUGUGAUGUGUGUGAUGUGUGAAUCCUAUUUAUUUGGAGUGAAUGCUAGUGAUCCCAUAACCAGGUUAAAAACUUUUGUGACGUCACUACAAGCGCGCGUAGCUGCCAUUGAAGUGAUGCCGAUCAGUCGUUCUCCUUUUGCUGAUGUUUGUAUGGGGACAUCGGGAAUGUUUUUGUCCUGCAUAGGGGGUACACAGAGGCGUUGCUGUAACAUAGCGUGCGCAAUAUUUUUCUUGUUCUGUAAUACAUUCUGCAAUCUGACUUUUGUACGCGGCAAGACUUCGACAAGCGCCAACAUUAUAAUAGUUAUUAACUGUUUUCUUCGUGUUAAAAUUAUGAGGACCAUGUUUCGGGCGUUUCAUGGUCACGAAUGAGCCAGCAUGCUCUUGUUCAGUGUCCGUCGCAAUUCUCAUGGAAAUAAAAUAAGUUCAGAAUGCA